AUGGACGUCGCAUCCUCGUCCUCGUCGUCGCCGCAUUCUCCUCCUCCUCCUCCUCCUCCCACGUCUGCGCCCACCACGAAUCCCGGCAGAGCUCGCAACGGAUCGCGGUCUUCUUAUAUUGGUCCAAAGACUGUGGUCGGACGAGCGCUUGGCAGCGAGCUGCAUCCGGAAGCCAACAGCAGCAGCAAGCCCGCCGUCUCGGUUCUGUCGCAGCGCCGCCCAUCCAAGGACGGCGUCGGGAUGGCCCUGUCUGACACCCCGCUUUCCACCGCUCCAAGCUCUCCGCAGAUCCGCGCUCAACUGCACACCCCUACAUCUUCAGGCGCCACGUCCGCUGCGCUAACUCCCAAACCACGAGCAACCACCCUCGACAUCCCCGGUCUCACCCGGUCAAAAGUCUCGCCUGAUGGCCGCAUUCCGGAACGUGAUGUCGGCUCUAAGCUGGUCAUCGUCAUGGUCGGCUUGCCAGCCCGAGGCAAGAGUUACAUCACCAAGAAGCUGGCCCGGUAUCUGAACUGGCUGCAACAUGACACUCGCAUAUUCAACGUGGGCGAGCGGCGGCGGUUGGCCGCCGGUAACUCUCCCUCGCCCGCGAUGGUGCGAGUCAAGGACCGCACCAAGAGCGUUAUCGAUAGAGAACUCGUCGACUCGGUCCGCAAGAUGAGUGUUGGCGUUGGCAAUCCCAUGCCUUCUAUCCCCUCACCUCCGGCCGAGGUGGACCACUCGCUUCCCCCUCCGGCGGUCCCUACGGAAAUACUAGUCAACGGUGAGCAUAUCUCUGACGCCGGAUCACAGCCCGAAAUGCCUAAAGUGCAGCGCCUUAGCGAGACUGUUCCGCCUCAAGAGAUGAAGCGCGAAUCCAUUGAUCAGUCCGCCAAUUUCUUUGAUCCCAAAAACCAGCAGGCAGUGCAGCUCCGAGACCAAGUCGCCCUGGCCACAUUGGACGAGCUGCUGGACUAUAUUCUGGACCAGGGCGGCAGUGUGGGCAUUUUGGACGCUACCAACAGCACGCUCGAACGCCGCAAAUCAGUCAUGGACCGGGUCCGCGAGCGAGCCGGACCGGAGUUGGGAGUACUGUUUUUAGAAAGCCGCUGCGUCGAUCCUAUUUUGCUGGAGUCAAACAUGCGGCUGAAGCUUUCCGGUCCUGACUACCACGAUCAGGAUCCGGUGAAAGCGCUGGAGGACUUCAAGAAGCGAGUCGCAAUGUAUGACAAAUCCUACGUGCCCGUAGGCGAGUACGAGGAGCAAAAUGACAUGCCAUAUGUGCAGAUGAUUGACGUGGGCCGCAAAGUGGUUGCCCACCAAACGAAUGGGUUCCUGUCGUCACAGGUCGUCUACUAUCUGCUCAACUUCAACCUGUCGCCACGCCAAAUCUGGAUCACGCGGCACGGCGAGAGUGUGGACAACCAAAUGGGCCGUAUUGGCGGCGACUCGGAGCUGAGCGAAAACGGACACAAGUACGGCGAGGCGCUGGCGAGGUUUGUUGACCAUCAGAAACACGUAUGGGAGGAGUAUCAAGCGCAAAAGGCCAUGACGAGCCAUUUCCCACCGCAUCCCGGUGACAGCACGCCGCCGAACCCGUCGUACGGCACGCGAGAUCGACCACGCAAUUUUUGCGUGUGGUCAUCGAUGAUGAAACGGGCGAUUCAGACAACAUCAUACUUCAACGACGACGACUACGACAUCAAGCAAAUGCGCAUGCUAGACGAGCUGUACGCAGGCAAGAUGGAAGGAAUGACAUACGACGAAAUCAAAGAACGCUUUCCGGACGAGUACGAGGCCCGACGCAAGGAAAAGCUGCAGUAUCGCUACCCAGGGCCCGGCGGCGAAGGCUAUCUCGAUGUCAUCAACCGGCUGCGCACCGUCAUCGUCGAGGCCGAGCGCACCACAGACCACGUCCUGCUGGUCACGCAUCGAUCUGUGGCGCGCGUGUUGCUCGCCUACUUUGUGGGCCUGGGUCGUGACGAGGUCGCCAGCCUGGACGUGCCGCUGGGCGUGCUGUACAUGCUCGAGCCCAAGCCGUAUGGCGUCGAUUUCAAAGCGUACAGAUAUAAUCCGCAGACGAAUUGGUUUGAUUACAUGCCUGAUUUCAAACUGCGGCAAACCAAUCCGAUGUAG